AUGGAGCUCGCGGGCCCCCCCGCCGCCUCCCCCCAGCCCUGCGCCGAAGCCCGGCGGCCCCGGAGGGCGCCCCGCCACCUGCCCCGCACCGGCGCCAGGUCGCUUUUCCAGGCGGAGGCCGCCGACGGGCUGAUGUCGCCCGUGACCCACUUGGCGCUGAAUAUGGACCAGCUGGCCGGGCUGGGGAGCGAUUGUGAAACCCCCAAAAGGAAAAAGAAACUCGGCCUGGCGUUCAAGCAGGAGUGGUCAUCGUUAGAUUCGGUCUCGUCGGAGUCUUCGCAGGACUCCGUCUCUUCUGAGUCUGCAGAUUCAGGUGUUUGCCCGGAUUCCCCCCUCGUAGCAGACGCGGAGGUCUUCGAAGAUGUGUUCGAGAAGGCAAUACUGGAGUCCAAGAGAGGCCUCAACAGCGGAUCCUUUCCCUUCCGAAGAAUCAACUCAUUGCCUGUGAGGCUGCUGGGCACCAGUCCGUUGCUGCGGAACAUCUCGAAUUCCAAGGAGUUUAACCGCUCUCCCAAGGACCCCCAAAGCUUGCGGCUCAAAGGCAGCGACACGGAGGACGAAGGCGUCUUCUUCAAGAAACCCCUGCGGCCGUUGAGCAGGCUGUGCUCCGCCGGUGAGAAGGAGCCGUUUGCUCAGAGACCGAGCUCUGCUCCAGACCUCAUGUAUUUCAGCCCCCAGAAGGAAAACAUGAGCCCCGGAUCCGAAAGUCCCGUCUGCCUGCGCCGUUCCUCCUUGACCUCUUUCAUGACCGAUGAAGAAGACGAUGGGUUUAUGGAAAUCAUGGACGAAGACGAGGCGAAGAAUGGUGCAGCUGUUCCAUUGGGCAUGGAGAACCUCCUGAAAGGCCCGCUGGUGAGAGAGAAAGAUGAAUCUGCCCUGGCCCUGACGGGCACCAGCAAAUGCCGCCGUCUCUUCCGCUCCCCGUCCAUGCCCAGUAGCGUCAUCCGGCCCAUCCUGAAGCGCUUGGACCGACCUCAGGACCGAGAGACGCCGGUGAAAACGAAGAGGCGGAAGAGCAUUGCCAGCAGCACCAUUCCGGAGCAGGCAGAAGAGCCGGUAGGGACAGAGGAGAAGCCGCGACUGGUGCGCUCCAAGUCUUGCUGCCCCAGCGAGAUCGAGAACAUCCUUGACAGCGAUCACCGGGAACUGAUCGGUGACUUCUCAAAGGCUUAUCUCCUGCAGACGGUGGAAGGGAAGCAUCAGGAUCUCAAGUACAUCUCUCCUGAAAUGAUGGUGGCCGUGCUGAACGGGCAAUUUAGCAACCUCAUCGAGAGCUGCAUGAUCGUGGACUGCAGGUACCCCUACGAAUACGAAGGCGGCCACAUCAAGGGCGCUGUCAACCUCCCCCUAGAGAGAGACGCGGAGGAGUUCCUGCUCAAAAACCCCAUCGUGCCUUUCGAUGCCGCCAAGCGGGUGAUCAUCGUGUUCCACUGCGAGUUCUCCUCCGAGAGGGGCCCCAGGAUGUGCCGUUUCGUCAGGGAGAAAGACCGCACCUGCAACGAAUACCCUUCUCUGCACUACCCCGAAAUGUACAUCCUGAAAGGAGGCUAUAAAGAAUUCUUCCCUCAGUACCAAGCGCACUGCGACCCCCAGAACUACCGUCCGAUGCACCACAAAGACUUUAAAGAGGACUUGCGGAAAUUCCGCCUGAAGAGCCGCACGUGGGCGGGGGAGAAGAGCAAGCGGGAGCUCUACAGCCGCCUCAAGAACUGCUAGGAGGAGAAAGGGACUUGUUGGGGGGGGGGCAUGGGGCACGACUCAGAUGCAUGUCGUACAGAACACUUCUGCCUGUUUUUUUUUUUUUAAGGGGGAGGGGGGUCCUUCUCCAACGCUGGUGUCUACAGUGCAGAAAAUCAAAGAGUUCCUUUUCAGCCAUUCCGGUUACUUCCGUGGAGGAGGCUCCACCAGUCUUCCCGCAAUUGCUGCCGUUCUGUUCAUCAAGAUACCUCUGGUUCCAGCUGGCUGGGGCCCCCCCUCGUGACGCUGUGAAUCUUCCUCCGGGGCUUGUGGCUAUCGGUCCGACCGGGCCCCUUUAUGGACUCCGGGCGGCCUCCGAGCAUCAUCCCCUUCUCUGCAUUUGAAGCUCUCCCCUAGAACGCUGCUUCCCCACGCGUGCGGGAACCAAAUUGGGCGUAUCGUUUUCCCCUGACUCGGUGUUCUUGCGAGGACAGUUGUCGAAGAAGGCCCACUCGCAGCGCCAGAAGAUUUGGGCGCGGGAGAGCCCUGCAGUCGCUGUUGUCGUGAGUUGGGCGCGGAUUAGUCAUCUCGCCUCCGAUCUCUCUCAGCUAGACAAGAUGCAACCGGACUAGAGUUUUCAGCCUGCUUUCAGCGCUGCGAUCUUUUGGAGGUAGCCACCUUCAGUGGAGGAAUCACCCCCCCCCCCUUAAAAUUCAACCCAGCCAGGAGAGAGGCAGAGUGGAAGAAAAGGGACUUUUGUUUCUGAACUUGCAUGCAGAAGACAAAUACCUUGGAGGUUUAGGACAGGGUAACCAUGGGGGGGUGGGGUCACAGAGAGAGUUUUUCUUUUAAAAGGGAUGCUGGAACCAAGGCCGUUCUGCGCUUUUGGCUCAAAUGCCCUUUGCAUUGGGCAAGGAUCCGAAUCGAGGAGGAAUUUCAGUAACCGAGUAUGUGUUGUAGGGGUCCACACCCUUCUGGUAAAAGGCUUCCGAGCGGCUGGAGGGAGGGUGCCCAUUAAAUAUAUCAGGCUGUUCAGGUGGCAUUUGGAUCGAGCCAGUCUUCAGUCUUGAGUCCCACAGAUGGCCAUCUGGGUUGGUUUCUCUCUGGAAAACAUUCAAAGAUCAGACGAAUUGUGUGAGAAGGGACUGUGCCAAACAGAUACUCCCCUAUAUAGUCCUCCUUCCGUUUUUGGUUUUGGUGAGCAGGUUCAGGGUUCAGAAGGUGGAAGACUGAGGUGGCCUAGAGGUGGUCAGAGCUUCUGUACUUGAGAAAGGAGGGGCUCGUGGGUUGAAAGGCAUCUUACCGGAGAAAUGCUCCUUUCUUAAUAGAAAGCCAGCUCAAGGGAAAGCCCUUUUGACUUUCUCUCUGCGGAGCUGCUUUGUAUAUCAGGGUGUUCCUUCAUGGGAGGCGACUUCCUUCCUUCACCAACUGAAGCAAGAGAUUUCAAGUGAUGCAGGUUGAUCUACUCAGUGAGAACCCGUUCUGUCAUCUCACACUUUGGGCCAAAAAGCUGAAUAAGGAGCAAGGGCCUGUCCCGCAUUCUCAUUUUCCUUGCUUAUGUGUUUUGCUUCCUCUGGGAGUCAGUUCAGCUUUGUUAUACCUGGCUUAAAAACUGCAGGGUUUUAUGGCGGGCGUAAAGCAGCGUAAUAUGGAAUCGGCCACUAGAGGAAGCAAAAUGUAUGGGACAGAAUGCCUUUCUCCCCAAUCGGUGGGAACACACAAAGCAAGACAAACAAGAAUGUGAAAAAAGCCCCAAUACUUCGGGGGGGGGGAGAGGGACAAAGCCAGGCGCUCCCCCCCACAUGCUUCAGUUCUGUAUUUUCUUGCACCUGCGCCCUUUCUCAACUUUUGUGGGGGGUGGGGAGAGGCUGUAUCUAGAGUUGCAGCAGUGUCAAUACGGGCCUUCCACUGCUAGUCUAGUGCAAAUUGCACAAGAGGCAAUCAUGUACACAAGGAGGCGCUCCAGUUGGCUUGGGCCUCUGGCCACAAUCCAACCCUCUUCCAGUUGUGCUGCCCAAACAAAGGGAAAGCGCUUACAUUACCGAUUUGCACAGAAAGGAACCGAUUCCCACGUUGCAUUUUGUGCAAGGGGGUGUGUAUUUUGCAGCGUGCCUCCUCAAAGCACAGAAGACGACGGGGGUGGGGUGGAGGAGGGGGAUUCAGAUGGGGCCUGCUCUCCUUCCCAGAUUACAGAGUUAGGGACCUACAUAUCAAGGUUAUAAAAGCACAGAGAGGCUGCGAGAACGGCUUUGCAAGAAGCCGUAGAGGCGUUGCAUUCAUUCCUACAGCCGUAGCUUUUUGGUCAGAACUCUCUCUCCAACCGUUAGCGCCUCUUCUUUUUAAAAGGAAAUCCACCAACCGCUCUUGUUUGUAUUCGUUUGACUAGAAAGUAACCCACAAAGCAGGGCGGUUUGUUUUUUUUUACAUUGAGCGCUGUUCCGUAAGAAGGGAUUGUUUUUAAAGAUGAGUUUUUAAACACGAUGCCUUACGAGGAUCUCCCCUCAAGCGACCCAAUAUUGGCGGGCCUGCCUGUUCAUCGGCCGGCUAUCCAACCCCGUGAGGUGCAAUUCUCCCAGAAGGGCCUUUGAACAACCUGUAGACGAGUUUGAUUAGGGGAGCCCCGAACGCUGAGCAAAAAUCAAGCGGCUGCAAGGGGAAAAAAGAAUUUGAAAUGCAGCAUAGAGGGGAGAGAAUAUUGCUUUAUUUCAAAACUUAAGAAGCCUUCUGUAUUGGGGGGGGGGGAUUGUAAGGGGAAGGGGUGCUACCGGGGAGGAUUAAGAUUGGGGUGAUCCUAUGGAAGGAGGUCAGGAGAUGCCCUGAGCAAAAACGUUGAGAGAAGGGGUGGCUGCAUCUAAGCCUUCUCUGAUUCCUAGGCCUUAAGAGAGAACGGGCUGUCUGUUCAGUGUUAAAUUGUACAUCCAAGUGUCCAGACCUCGUGUUGCCGAAAAUCAAGCGUCAGUGGCUGUUUGUGUGCCUUGUUGGGGCGAUUUGUGCAUAAAACCUUUUUUGAUCCAUGUGAAAUCCUAACGCUGCUACUCUCAAGGACUGAGGCCGUAGCUUGAAUGCAGCUUGGGGUGGGAGGGGGCGGGACUUGCUUCCCCACAGGGACAAACCAUGUGUGGAAAUGGGCGCUUGGGACAGAAGCCGGGAGACUAAUGUGGAUCCUGCAGUUUGGGACUUCUCCUAGUGUCUUCUAUAUAUUGGAGCAGGCUGGCCUUCCCUUUUGCCGCCCUGUCCUUGUGUAAUUUAGAUAUCAGACUCUCGCUCUUAACCCCACGAAAGCCACACUUGAGUUCCAUCUGAAUUUUUCUCUGAAUGAAAGAGAGAAUUCUUAGGAGCGCCAGCUUCUGGCUGCGACCCACGUUCAGUGCAGCGGGAAAAAGAGGGGAGGGGGUCUAGCUUUUAAAAUCUGGUUGAAUUCAGCGGCAUUUCUGUGCGGUUGAUACACCUGCCCUUGGGCUAAUCAUGCUCAGCCAAAGGUUUGGGAAGGAGUUAGGCAGUCACGUUAUGCACGUAUGUACAUAUUUUGUGCCGGUGACAAUGUGCUUGUUCUUUUUUUAAAAAAAAAUAAUAAUGUGGAUGAUGUUUUAUUGUUUCAAACGUGGAGAUGCCUCCUCCCACCCCCCAGCCCCGUUUUCCUAGACAUUGAUGUAUAAUCAGGGAACAAAAUAAAAACUGCUAGGUUGUGGAGAA